UAAAGCUUUUUACUUGGCGCCAAACGCGUUGGGGAUUAUUAUUUUCGAUUCAGUGCCAAAGAACAUUCAACAAGUGAUUCCUGUGUCCUGAGUGCGCGUGUGAGAGUGUGCGCACGCGUUAGUGUAAGCGGUCCAGAUAUUGAACUCCACUACGACGGCGACCCGCCUCGGCUGGACAAAUGAUGCCGUCAACCACACGGUCACCGAUGGCGUCGGUGCCUGGAGCUGGUGCCAGUCUGCUCGACAAGCUGGACCGCCUGGUCGGCACGACAGCACUCCACGAGGCGAGGGUUUAUCCCGUGACGGUACCAUCCGGGGGCGUCUCGCAACCAGCGACGGUGGGGAUGGGCGAAGUGUCCGGUGUUGGUACUUUAACGAGCUUAACGACCCCACCGACCGCUCUGACGACCAUUGUACAAACGAACGAUUUCGUGGUCUUGCCAGGGCCAGAGGAUGUACUGCUGCUCAACACCACCACUGGACUGUACCAGCAAUCGGUGACGCUAACCGCACGAAUGUAUCCGAUUGAGGCCACGGCGGCAAAGUCGAUCUGGGGCCUACCGACGCUGAUCUGGGGAAUACUGAUCGGAACGGUCGUGAUACUGAUCCUGAUCCUAGCGACACUGUUCUUCUGCUGCUGGCUGCAGCCCCGUACGAGAAAGCUACUCAACUCGAGCUACUACACGACCGCCGCCAACAACGGAAACGCUUCACAGAGCUCGAUCGUGGCCAAAUCGUGCACCAGCAGUGACUCGAACCAACUAGUGAUGCCCUUAUCGAUCGGCAUCUGCCCACCACAGUACAGUGCACCUCCACCGCCCAACGCCACCCAGCAGCCAUCGCACCAGUCCCCCAGUUCCUCCUCGCACGCCGCCCAGCCCACGGGACCGGUGGCCAGCGGAAGCAACAGCUCGAUACACCACCAUGCCGCACACGCUGCCGCUGCCGGGGCCCAUCAUACCUGCAGCGGAACGCAACAGCAGUGUGGCAGCAUGGCUUCCGGCGGAGGCCAGGACUAUGCGCACGUGAAGUAUGGCAGCUCGCCGCAGCAGCAACAGUACGCACAGCAGUACGCCCAGCACCAUCACCACGGACCACAGCAGCAACAGCAGCAGCAGCACCAUCAGCACCAGUGCAUUCACUAUCAGCAGCAGUACAAUCAGCAGCUUCAUCACCAACAACAGCAACAGCAGCAGCAGCAGCAGCAUGUCCAGCAGCAUCACGGACAUCAUGUCCAUGGGCAGCAGUACAGCCCGUACAAUCAACAUCAGUACUAUCAUCACCCCUCGCCACAACAGCAACAGCAGCAGCAGUACCUACACUAUCAACAGCAUCAGCAACAGCAUCAUCAACAACAACAGCAGCGGGAACACCAUCACCAGCAUCAUCAACAACAGCAGCAACAGCAACAAGUGCAUCAACACCAUCAGCCAUCCUCUAGCCAUCAUCAUCAAGGGGCACAGCUAGUCCACACGCAGCUCCACAAGUCCAUGUGGGCGAUCAACCCUCUUUACGCUUCCAGUGGAGUGAUCAACGAUGAAAGUGAAGGUGAAACGGGAACUUCCUACCGGACGCGAUCGUUACCUUCCUGGGGCAAGAAUAAACAACGGCCACUAUCGAACGCGGACGACCUGGAGGAGUUGUACGCAAAGGUAAAUUUUAGCAAAAAACGACGCAAUCGAAUGCGCAACGAUGAGGCCGCCAUCAUUGCGCUGUGUCGGUCGCGCUCGCAGAAUCUCUCCGCACUGCCACUGGCGACCACCGAGCAGGACGCGGUGGUGGUGUACGACGAACGGACGGCACUCUAGGAAGGGCGAGGGAGGCGACACGGAUAAACCACCCCUUGCCUUGGCCCGCCCUAGACGGGCCCGCGUUUCGGCAGGCUCGGAUCCUUAGCUAUGAUAAUUUACGACGCAAUCUUUCGGCUGUAGACUAAAAUCGGUAGCAAAUGAAGCGUUGUGGAAAAAUGUUUCCCGCAGUAUUCGUAACAUGAUCGUUGGAGGCUUCGAAAUCGAUCCCAAAGCUGGAGCGACCGUCAUAGGAAAUAUGUCAACUAGUCAAAACCAAUCGAUCGGACGUUUUAGGUUUGCUUAAGGCGCUGAUUCGCACUUCAGGGGCGCUUUGUUAGGAGCUAUGGUUCCGAAUUGUUAGCUUAAAAUUUACAAUUCCUUAGCCAAAAAAAGAAAAGUUGCCAAGAAGGGCAACGAUGGUGCCACGAUGGAAAUAGUAAAAAGUUGACAAACAUCAACAGCGAAUCGAAUUUCUAGUCUCGUGAAACAUACCCUGGAAUGUCUCGGUGACAACAUUGGUUCCAAAAUUUGUUUGAAAUACAAUUAAGUAUGGCUUUGGCAGGAGUAUUUGUAGCAUUAAAUGUACUUUAUCGAUUUGCAUUGAAUAUCAUUAAAUGGUUCGCAACGUCCGCGGGCUCAUCAGUAGCGACCGUCGUAGCGUAGGCAAAUCUUGAACACCUGCAAAAAUGCGCGUAGUAAAAGAUAUCCGAAAUAUCACGUAAGCCACCGGCAAAAUCCAAUUCCCCUUCCCCAUACAAAAGAAAUGUAAAUGUGUUUAAGACAAGACUGAUACAAUCCGCAAUACACUUUCAUACUAUGUAGAACUGGAUCUCUUUAAAUCUUCUCAGAGAUACAAGAUGGUAGCAGACGGCACAGCGGAUCCUAAACUCAGAUAAAUUAAUUAAAGUACACACGUGACGAAAAGGAACACCUUUUAAUUGUCGGGAAAAAAUGUAUAAACGAUAGCCAAACGUGUGGGGUGCUUUUUUGGCUCGACCCGCCGCAAAACUCGCACCCAUUGCCGGAUAGGCAGGAGACAGCAAAUAAAUCGUUCAAAAAUGCUUUUAGUUCCAUUUUCUUGCCCCAGAAAGGCAGAAGAUUAGUUUCGCGUACUUAAACUCUAACGAAAAGUUGAUUGUAUUCCUUCUCGCCGGAAUCUCUUCUUUAGCAGUAGAAAACUAUUAGGAAACGUUGGAUAACGCGAUAAAUGUGGAUUUGCUUAGCAUAUGAAGGAAAACGUUAAAUGUUUAAGCUGGAAAGACCAAACGCAGAAUCUGUGGAACGGUAGAAAAGAUGGGAAAAAACAGGAUGUAGUGAAAUGAAUUGUUUGAAAUAAGUCAAAAAUAGUUUGAAAAUAUAAGAUGAAUUGAUGAG